AUGAACGAGCAAACGAUCAAAAGCAACACCGAGCAGCACCCUCUUAGUGGUACAGCAUUGACCGGCGCAGAUAUUACGGUGCAGGUCCUGGCUGACGAGGGCACGGGCGCGCUAUUUGGCUAUAGUGGCGGUGCCAUCCUGCCAAUUUACGAUGCUGUUUUUCGCUACAACGACGCCAACAGAACGCCCCAGGGCAAGUCGCCGAUGCCGUUGGUGGUGCCGGCUAACGAACAAGGGGCGUGUUUCAUGGCAGCCGGUUACGCGCGCGCCAGCGGCAAAGUGGGCGUUGCCAUGGUUACAUCGGGGCCCGGCGCGACCAACACAGUUACACCGGUUCGAGAUUGUAUGGCCGACUCGGUUCCGCUGGUGGUAAUCUGCGGCCAAGUUCCGACUGCUGCGAUUGGAACAGAUGCCUUCCAGGAAGCCCCCGUCACGGCCAUCAUGGGCGCCGUGGCCAAGCAUGUGUUUCUGGUAACCGACCCUGCGCUGCUUGAGAGCACCAUACGCAGCGCGUUUGAACUGGCUCGAUCGGGGCGCCCCGGGCCGGUGGUCGUCGACAUUCCCAAGGACGUACAGAAUUGGGGAGGGACGUUCCAGGGUAGCGGCACAUUGCCGUUGCAUGGAUAUCGCCGACGACUGGCAGCGAUCACCGAGAACAAGUUGACUGGCGCCGCCUGCGAACGCUUUUACGCGAUGCUUUCGCAGUCUGAACGCCCUCUUAUCUACACUGGCGGCGGCGUAAUCAAUGCCGACGCGACCAAAGCGAUGCGCCACCUGGCCAAUGCCUACGGCAUUCCUGUCACCACCACGCUGAUGGCAUUGGGUGCUAGCGAUACUAAGCACCCCUUGGCGCUGCAUAUGCUUGGGAUGCACGGCGUGGCAUCAGCGAACUACGCAGUGGAAGACUGCGACUUUCUUAUCGCCAUUGGCGCUCGCUUCGACGACCGCGUAGCGGGCAAUCCAGCUAAAUUCGCGCCAAAUGCUAAAUUCAUCGCGCAGUUCGACGUUGACCCGGCUGAGAUCGGCAAGGUCAAGCGCGUUGAUUGGCACCACCUGGGAAUGCUCACUACAGACCUGGAAGACCUGCUGGAGUACGGUCAACGGAUCAAUUUUUCCAAGGACUUUUCGACCUGGCACGAGGAGAUCGCCCAGUUAAAAGCAGAGUAUGCGCUGAACUAUGAUCGCGACAGCGAUCUGAUUCAGCCCUACGCGGUGAUCGAAGAGCUGAACAAGCACACCAAGGGCCAAGCGAUUAUCUCUACCGGCGUCGGACAGCAUCAGAUGUGGGCGGCGCAGUACUUCGAUUUUCGCGAACCACGGCUUUGGCUCACGUCCGGCAGCAUGGGCACAAUGGGCUUCGGCCUGCCCGCUGCUAUCGGCGCACAGUUCGCCCGCCCGGAUCGGGUGGUGAUCGACAUCGAUGGCGAUGCCAGUAUCCGUAUGAACCUGGGUGAAUUGGAAACGGCAACGACCUACGAACAGCCGGUCAAAGUGAUUGUGCUCAACAAUUACGGCGACGGGAUGGUCCGGCAGUGGCAAAAACUCUAUUUCGAAGGUCGGAUGUCUGGUAGCGAUAAAUCGUUGCAUGCGAAGGAUUUCGUCAAAGCGGCCGAAGCUGAUGGCUUUAAGUUCGCCCGGCGGCUCGAUAGCAAGGAAGACAUAGCUGCAACCAUCCGGGAUUUCAUCGAGUUCGAUGGGCCGGCCUUCCUAGAAGUCAUUAUUGACCGAGAUGCCGGCGUCUAUCCGAUGGUCGGACCCGGCCAGAGUUACGACGCGAUGAUCACCGGCGACUUUAUUAAGUCCCGCUCAAGCACGGAGGGGGAUUCACCGAGCUCUUCAGAGAUGUUUUAG